AACUGAAUUAUCAUUAACAACAGUUUGUCGAUUAAAAUUGCAAAACCUCUAAUUCUGUUUAAGAAAAAUUACAACUCUUUUGAGGACUUUGAGUACCGAAAAGUACUUUUAUUUACACAGGAAAUAACGUUCAAACAGGAAGUGAUCACAGAGGGCGGGAUGUUUUUAAAAAUUGUCAGGCUCGGUUUUGGCUGUUGACAAUUGAGCUUAUUUUCAACGGAUCUUCAGAGGUGCCUUUUGUCAUUGCUGGCAUUAUACAGUUUGGGAGCAGCCAUGUCUUCAAAAAUUCCAAGAGGUGUACACUUACCUGCAGAAACAAAGAAAAGUGGCCAUAAACAUGAAUCCAAAGACACAGCAACUGUACCCACAACAACCAGUGCUGCCCAGAAACCAGAUGGUGUCCUUAAACCCCAAAAAGAAAAUGUACCAAGGAAAAACAUUGCUCCGAAAGUUCAGAAAGGGGUCUCCACCAGAUAUGGACAACAAGCAGAGCUCAAGGAGCAAAAUCAGUAUCUGAUGACUGCCAAUGAGGAGCUGCAGAAAAACCUCUCAGAGACACAGCAUAGAGUAGCUGAGCUGGAGCUGCAGUACAGUGAUCUGCAAAAAGAGAAUGCUGAGGUUCAGAGAAACCUGAAGGACUGUCAUGCUCUUUUGGUUGCUGCCAACAUAGACCCAGUUUUAGGAGAAAGUGUUGGAGAUGCUGUGCGACAGAAUGAAGAUCAGAGGAAAGAAGUUAUGAGCAUCUCCUCAGACCUGCUUAGUGAAUUAAAGGCCUUUGGUGAUAUUGCAUCACAGCAACGUGCUCGACUAGAGGAAAUCCAGGCAACAAUGCGAGACCUCAAGGAAGCACGGGAACAAAUGAUUCAGGAAAGGGAGAACUUUUCCUUGGAAGCAGCUGAGAUGGAAAGAGCUCUCAAAGAAGCAGAAGCACUUCUACUCUGAAAGCUUUCAGGAAUCUCUCAAUUUAAAAUAUGCUCAUUGAAAAAAAAAAAACCCCCUUUGUAUAUAUAUUUGCAAAUAUGUGUUUUAAUGCCAGCGUGAGUGAAACUGAAUAAAGAAUUCCUAUUUCC